AUGUCAGGUAGAUACCAGGGGUCCAACACAGCGAAAUAUGUGAAAAACAAGAGUGAUCAACGGUCCAGUAGUACGCAGCAAAGUAUGGUAAACUCGACCGCACAGCAGCUCAUCGAAACGCUCAAGAAGGACGAGAUAGACACCAUGAUGGGAUUCGAGCGGUACAUGGCACCACAAUUCAGCGGUAAAGCGAGCAGCUGGCAGUCGACCCCGGGGAGAGUAGGCUGGCUCGUCAACAUGCAUCCAGUAAUGGUCUCAGAAGACUUUGCUGACUCAAGCACCGGCAAGAGCACAUCUUCUUCUGGUUCGGGAAUUUCUGGAGUGGAUUUUUAUUUUCUCGACGAAGAAGGCGGUGGGUUCAAGAGCACUCUUACUUUCGACCCCUACUUUCUAGUAGCAUGCCGCGACGAGUCAAGAAUCCACGAUGUGGAGGAAUUUCUCAAAAAACAUCUGGAACACUGCCUCAAGAAAGUGGAACCUGUGGUAAAAAAUGAUCUGUCGUUGGGCAGUCCCCUUGCAGGCCUAAAUAAGGUUUUACUCAAGCUAACGUUCUCCAAUACUAGUAAUCUGUUUGAGGCACGUCGAGUUUUGAGACCAAUUAUUUUGGACAAUGAAACUAACCACCUCCAAAGGUCCGUGUACAACACUACAUCGGGAAUUGUGGAAGACACAAAAAUGCUUAUAUCGGAUAUUCGUGAAUAUGACGUGCCAUUCCAUGUUCGUGUGGCAAUUGACAAUGAUGUUCGUGUUGGCAAAUGGUACAAGGUGACAUCGCAGGGUUUCAUUGAGAUUGUUGAGAAAGUUGCCUUUGCAGAUCCGGUAGUUCUAGCUUUUGACAUUGAGACCACGAAAGCACCUUUAAAAUUCCCCAUUGCCACUGUGGAUCAAAUUAUGAUGAUCUCAUACAUGAUCGACGGAGAAGGGUACCUUAUAACCAAUCGAGAAAUCAUCUCUGAAGACAUAGAAGACUUCGAGUACUCCCCGAAGCCGGAAUAUCCUGGGUAUUUCACAAUAUUCAAUGAAGCAGACGAGCUCGCGCUUCUUGAAAGAUUUUUCGAGCACAUCAGAGAUGUGCGACCAACUGUCAUUUCCACUUUCAAUGGUGACUUUUUUGAUUGGCCAUUCGUAGAGACAAGAGCCAAGAUUAAUGGUCUCGAUAUGUUCCAGGAAAUCGGGUUUGCUGCAGACUCUGAAGGUGAAUAUAAGUCAACGUAUUGCGCUCAUAUGGACUGCUUUCGGUGGGUGAAGCGUGAUUCUUACCUUCCACAAGGAUCACAGGGUCUGAAGGCCGUUACGCAAGCAAAGCUGGGAUAUAAUCCUAUUGAGCUCGACCCGGAGUUGAUGACACCUUACGCCUACGAAAAGCCGCAACUAUUAUCCGAAUAUUCGGUCUCCGAUGCAGUCGCGACGUAUUAUUUAUACAUGAAAUACGUGCACCCUUUCAUUUUUUCGCUGUGCACAAUCAUUCCACUGAAUCCCGACGAGGUUCUCCGCAAAGGUACGGGUACUCUUUGUGAAAUGUUGUUGACAGUACAAGCAUACAAAGGCGAUAUAUUACUGCCGAAUAAGCACACUGAUCCAAUUGAAAGAUUUUACGAUGGGCAUUUACUGGAAUCUGAAACUUAUGUCGGGGGACAUGUCGAAUCAUUAGAAGCAGGAGUAUUCCGAAGUGAUAUUAAAAACGAUUUCAAAGUUGAUCCAACAAUGAUAGAAGACUUAUUGAAUGAUCUACCACAUGCUUUGAGGUUUUGCAUAGAAGUGGAAAACAACUGCAACCUUGAGGAUGUUAAAAAUUACGCAGACGUAGAACUGCAAAUAAAGAAUAAGCUUCUGGAUCUGAAGUUGAACACUGACAGAAAUGAGCUGCCUCUAAUUUACCACGUCGACGUUGCUUCGAUGUAUCCAAACAUCAUGAUCACGAAUCGUCUACAACCGGAUAGUGUAAAAAGUGAUCGCGACUGUGCGGGCUGCGAUUUUAACCGCCCUGGUAAAUCAUGCGAUCGGAAACUUCAGUGGGCGUGGAGAGGUGAGUUUUUUCCCUCAAGAAUGGAUGAAUACAGUAUGGUCAAGAGAGCUCUGCAAAAUGAGGUUUUCCCGAACAAGAACAAAAAAUCUUAUAAAAAGCUUCUUGCUUUUGAAGAACUUUCGUACGGUGAUCAAGUUGCUCACAUUAAGAAGCGGUUGACUGAAUACUCCAGAAAAGUUUACCAUAGAGUGAAAACCUCAGAGGUCGUGGAAAGAACUGCUAUUAUCUGCCAACGAGAAAACCCUUUCUACGUGAACACUGUCAGAUCCUUCAGAGACCGAAGGUAUGAGUUCAAGGGAUUGGCCAAGACCUGGAAACAGAAGCACUCGGCUAUAGAAAAAGAACAAAAACACGAAAGAGAUGAGGCAAAGAAAAUGAUCAUUCUCUAUGAUUCAUUGCAACUUGCACAUAAAGUAAUUCUGAAUUCUUUCUACGGGUAUGUGAUGAGGAAGGGUUCAAGGUGGUACUCGAUGGAAAUGGCUGGAAUUACGUGUCUCACUGGUGCAACGAUCAUUCAGAUGGCGCGAUCUGUGGUUGAAAAGAUUGGAAGGCCACUUGAGUUGGAUACAGACGGUAUUUGGUGCAUCCUGCCCGAGUCCUUUCCGGAUAAUUAUCAGUUUGAAUUGAAGAAUGGUAAAAAACUGUUUCUUUCUUACGCAUGUUCAAUGCUCAAUUAUAAAGUCCAUCAAAAGUUUACAAACCAUCAGUACCAAACUUUGGAAGACCCUGUCAAUCAUCGUUACAAGACCCAAAGUGACAAUUCUAUUUUUUUCGAAGUGGAUGGUCCUUAUAAAGCCAUGAUUCUUCCAACCUCUAAAGAAGAAGGUAAAGGUAUCAAAAAAAGGUACGCUGUUUUUAAUCAUGACGGUUCUCUUGCAGAGCUCAAAGGUUUUGAGCUUAAAAGAAGAGGGGAACUGCAACUAAUCAAGAAUUUCCAAAGUGACCUCUUCAAGGUCUUCUUGGAUGGAAAAUCUUUGGAGGGUUGCUACGCAGCCGUGGCGUUGGUGGCUAACAGGUGGCUUGAUGUUCUGGAUUCUAAGGGUGCAAUGCUCGAAGACGAGGAUCUUAUAGAUCUGAUUUGCGAAAACAGAAGCAUGUCUAAAACAUUGAAAGAGUACGAGGGACAGAAAUCCACCUCCAUUACUACUGCGAAAAGACUCGGAGAGUUUCUUGGCGAAGAGAUGGUAAAGGAUAAGGGAUUGCAGUGUAAGUACAUUAUCAGUUCCCGACCCGUCAACACCCCAGUCACAGAACGAGCGAUACCUGUCGCAAUCUUUUCUGCAGAUCUAAGCUUAAAAAAAGUAUUCUUGAGGAGGUGGCUGGCCGACUCUUCAUUGGAUAGUUUUGAUCCGCGAACCAUCAUAGAUUGGGAGUAUUACAGGGAGAGACUGGCAUCUGUGAUACAAAAGAUUAUCACAAUACCUGCAGCCUUGCAAAAUGUGAAAAAUCCUGUCCCUAGGGUUGAGCACCCUGAAUGGCUCAGAAAGAGAAUUGCAACAAAAGAAGACAAGUUCAAACAAAUGUCGCUUAACAGCUUUUUCAAAAAAUCCGAUAAACCUCUUUUAGCGGAUAUUGAGGAAGCUUUCAGAGAGCAACCUCUAGGGCCAAUACAGCGCAAGAACGCAAAGGUUACAUCCAAGCGAAACUUGAAAAGAAAAACGACAGAGACGAGAGACGAAGAAGCGUCGCUGGUUCUUCCUUCAGUAGCACCCUUGAUAACCGAUGAUUACGUUGCGUGGCUUUCAUAUCAAAAGAUCAAAUGGAAGAUUCAAGAACGCGAUCGUCAGCGAAGGACUCAACUCUUUGGUGACCGCACAAAGAGCAAUCAAAGAACUUCAUUGGGAAAUAUAAUGAGAAAGCAUGCUGAAUCUUAUGCCAACUCCACAUGGGAAGUAUUAGAGUACAGACCAACUUUGGAGCCAGGAGUAUUGGACGUCUCGGUUCUUUUGAAUGGAAAAGUUCAUAGACUUAAGUUCAUUAUUCCCAAAAGUCUUUUCAUCAACUUCAAAUCCAAUAUCCUACAAGUUCGAGGAAUUGAAAACGGUAUCGUUGAAAAGUCUACAGCCACUUUGCCGAAUGUCGGUAUGUCAAACUUCGAAGAGCCUAGUCCACUAUUCAAAGUAACUCUUUCUGAAGAUGCCUAUCAGGAAGAAAUCGGUAAGCCAACGAGUCUUUUCAAUCAUGAUCAGGUUUUGGGGAUCUAUGAAUCUUCAGUUUCGUCUGUUGAGCGGGCCAUUAUGGAACUUGGCUCGGUCGUGGCAUUUGACUCGAGCGUUAUUGGCGCAUUAGGAAAGGGUUUACAGAAGGGCUUUGAUCCGAAGAACUUGCACCCGGAAUCCUCAGAACGGUACUUGAGCAAGUUUUCGAUGAGCACAGCAUAUUUACUUCAUUUGACUACUAAUCUGGGCUAUGAGUUUUUCGUCCUUUUCAAAACUUGGAGUGCCGAAGCAGAUAUUUUUGUGCUCAAACCGUCUCUAAACGCUCAGGAGUUCACAGCCACCUCGUUGCUAGCUAUUUUCAAGGAUCUCCGCUCACAAAAGUCGGAAAAGUUCCAACGAUUCCACAAUCUUGUGGAAAUCCCGGAUGAAAUUGAUAUCAAGAUGCACUCAAUGACAGAUUUGAGAAUACUCUAUCGUAAGUUGUCCUCAGUCAUAAACAAAUUGAAUGAAGAAAAAGGAUCCCAGUUAUUGAUGCUCUUUCAAUCACCUUACUGUCACAAGCUAAGACACAUUAUCAAGCCACUUCGCCAAAUAGCAACUGUGGAGAUGUCUUCAGCAGAAGCGAACUUCCCACAAUUGAAUUGGCAGGUUGCCGUUAUGAAGCGAAUUUCCAAUCAUAUUUUGAGUCUCGGUUCAUGGUUGCAUAACUUAAUAUCCUUAUCGAGGUACAGUAAUAUCCCGAUCUGUAACAUCAGGCUCGACAAGAUGUCGUUUGUUAUUGACGUCAUGUAUGCUAGAAGCCUAAAGAAAGAAAAUAUUGUUCUUUGGUGGAAUGACACCAAACCGGUACCUGAUCUAGGCGGUAAGGAGAAAGAUUUUGAUCCUCAGAUGGCUUCCUUGAUGAGCAACCUCGAUCUCUUUGUUAUCAACUCUCCUUCCAUUUAUGAGAGUGUCACUUUAGAAUUUGAGUUGAAUAACCUCACAAUUAACACUGUUUUAACCUCUGCCGUGAUCAACGAAGCCGAGGGUACUGAUUUAAUGGAGAUAGAUCAUUCGAACUCGGACGGAACACGAGACACGAUCAACAGGGCUUUUGUGGAGGACAGUUUUGCGGGGGCUGCAUUGUCCGUGCUGCGAAAUCUCCUGAAAAAGUUUUGGGAUAGUGCGCUGGAAGAGAAUGAAACUGCUGAUUCUCUUGUGCACACCUUUAUCCAUUGGGUUCAAUCCCCUGAUUCAAAGCUAUUUGAUUACGCUCUAAAAUAUCAUGUCCAUAACCUCACCAAGAAGGCGAUCCUGCAGCUCAUAAACGUUUGCAAGAACUUGGGAUCAGAAGUUGUGUACGCCGACCGUGGAAGCCUCAUUCUGAAAACUAAAAAGACCACCGUAGAAAGCUGCUACGCAUAUAGCCAGUAUCUCGUCAAAGCCAUCAGAACUUCACCUCUAUUUGGAGUCUUGGAUUUGUCAAUCCGCAGGUAUUGGGACCUUCUCUUGUGGAUUGAUCCGUUCAAUUUUGGAGGGAGGGCAUGCAUCGAUAUUACUGAUAGCGAACGUCAGGACCUUAGGGCGUAUUCAGAAUGGCACAUAAGACAAUUUUUGCCCCGGAUUUAUCAACAAGAGUUUGAUGACUGGAUGAUGGUCAUCCUGGAUAGCAUGGUGAAGUCCAAAGAGGAAUAUUACGAUGGCUUCAAAGAAUCGCAGCGUCUGACUCAAUUGUCUCGGGAUAGCAAGGUACAGCAGAAGGACGACGAAGAGAACGGCGUGCUUUCAGGCUUUACAAAUCGUUUUGGUGCUGCUCUUACAAAGCGUAUGGAAAAGCUUUUGCGGACGCAAAAGGAAUACAUUCUGGAUCCAAAUUUUGUUUCUGACUAUACUCCGUCAGAACAUCCAGGAUCGCAUCUGAAGAUAAGAAAUCCUCUUUUAGAGCUGGUCAAAUAUCUGUGUCACAUUAUGCUUUUGUCUGAAGAGCAGACGCUCGAGGUCAGAGGACUGCGGAAGAACCUAUUGAAAAUCUUUGAAGUCCGCGAAUUCGACUGGGAAGCCGAAUUUAAGGAUCCUAGCGCUUCACUCAAAGUCUGCAACUUGGCUUGUGAAUAUUGUGCCUUCAUCACAGAUCUGGACUUCUGUAAACAAGACGGUGAUCGUCAUCUAAAGUGCCAGCAAUGCCAUAAGCCUUUCAACCCGACGCUCCUCCAGGAAUAUCUGAUUCAGACCCUUCAAAUUGAACUUCAAGACUACUAUGUGCAAGAUCUCAGAUGUGCCAAAUGUAACAAGAUUAAAGACGAUCUAAUGUCUGCCCAUUGUCCAUGCUCCGGGAGCUGGAAGAAUUCUAUUUCAGAGAGCGUUUUGACCGAAAAACUUGCAACAUACAAGAAAGUUGCAUACUUCUACAACUAUGAAUUGCUGAGUUCGGCAGUCAGCAACUUGAGGCCAGAAAUCACAGUCUAG